AUGGUCCACCUGCUUCCCCCAUCAGCGCUGGCCGACAUACCCAGGGCGAGCAAGGGCAGCCUGCAGCGUGGCCGCGCCUACCAGCAGUACGAGCCGCUGAUCGCCAAGAUCUACAAGGACUUUGAAGAGGGCCGGUCGAUCAGCCUCGUCCCGGAGGGGGCCACCGCCAACGGCAGCGUGAACGGCAAGCGGGCGCUCGCUGGCGACGAGCUGGUGGCGUGGCUGAUCGACACGAUCGAGCGACUGCGAGGUGGCGGCGGCGAUGCUGCCGCCAGCGCUGAGCGUAAAAAGGACAAACCAAUCUCGGGCGACACCGACCUCUUCGUCGCCGGCGUCGACUCGAUCCAGGCUGCGCGGAUCCGGGCCGCCAUCCACCAGCACAUCGAGCUCGGCGGCCAGCUGCUGCAGAAGAACGUCGUCUACGACUACCCGACGCCGGCGCUGCUCGCGAGCCACAUUCAGGAGGUCGGCGAGGGGCGGCCCGGGGGCGCCGCCGACGGUGAGAGUGCCCAGGCGAAACGAGACGACACGCAGCACCGGCUGAUGGAGCAGCUCGUAGAGAAGUACUCGAGCUUCCCCGCGCUCGACGUUGGGCCGAACCAGACGGGUGACGACGAGCAACGCGAGCUGGUCGUCCUGACUGGAGUGACGGGAGCCCUCGGUGCUCACCUCUUCGACCAGGUGCGGGCGCGUUGUGCCCAGGCGCCGGCACGCAUCGUCUGCCUGGUCCGCGCCGAGGACGAGGAGCGAGCACGCACGCGGGUGCUCACGAGCCUCAAGGCUCGCCGACUGCCCAGCAGCGUCGAGCACGUCGAGGCUUCCGGCACGGCAGAAGUCCUGUGCCUGGCUGCCGACCUUGCAGCGUCGACCACGUGCGGCCUCUCCGAGGACCAGCUUCGCCAGCUGUCGGUGGGCUGCGGCCGGGUCACCACCGUCCACGCGGCGUGGGCUGUCAACUUUGUCGGCUCGCUUCAGAGCUUCGAGGCGGAGCAGAUCGCCGGACUGCGCAACCUCAUCCAGCUGCACCGCCGCCUCGCUGCUGCGGCCGGAUCCAGCGACCGGUCGCACUUUGCCUUCUGCUCGUCGGUGGCGAGCAUCCUAGGCGCUCCCCCGUCGACCGAGUUCCACACGGCGCUUUCCGUCGCCGGCGACGGGGACGAGGCCUACGCCGAGACGCUGCCCUCCUCGCCGCGGACGGCGGCGGCGAUGGGCUACGCGCGGAGCAAGUGGGUGGCCGAGCACAUCUGCGCGCGGUACGGGCGCCAGACGGGCGAAGGCUGCAGCGUCAUGAGGUUCGGGCAGCUGUGCAGCGACACGGCGGGCGGCGUGUGGAACGAGAGCGAAGGCUGGCCGCUGCUGAUCCGUACCGCCGACGAGGUGGGUUGCCUGCCCAUGCUCGACGACGAACGGCUGGCAUGGCUGCCCGUCGACGUCGCGGCCGCCUCGAUCGUCGACCUGGUGCGGCCGUCGUCACCGGCAGACGCGGCGGGCGGCGAUUCCGGCGAUGUUCCGAUCUACCACCUGGUGGCGGAUGCCGCCAAGGCUGCGCCGUGGGAGUCGCUGCUGGUGUGGCUGUCGCGGGAGAUGGACUUUGAGCGGGUGUCGCCUCGCCGAUGGAUCGAGCGGCUCGAGGCCGACGAGGAACGGAUCAAGGCACGCGGGAUGCUCGAGCUGUGGAGGCGCAACUAUGCCGCCGCGCCAUCGUCUGGGGGCGGCAGCAGCAGCAGCAGCAGCGGUGCCAAGCCGGCUCGGAUCGAUGCCAGCCAUGCACAGGCGGGCUCGGCGAGCCUCCGAUCCGCUCCGCCCGUCGACGAGCAGCUGAUCCGAAGGACGGUAACCGCGUGGAGGCAGAGCGGCUUCCUUGGCCAGUCCAACUGA